CCUUUCUCUUUCGUUCGGCGCACAAUUCACGCUUUAUCCUCGUUUCGUAGUUGGAACCAGUAUUGCGUGUCGGUUCAUUCGGCUCACUUUUCAUAUCGCAGCGACACCGUCCAUGAUUUGGGUAAUUCGUUUCGCUUAACGGACACACACCGAAAAAGAUGAUCGCAUUCUGUGACGGUAGAUCCACAAGUGCGUUAUAAAUGUCAGUUUGACAACGAUAAUAACCUAGUUUGCGCGAUGUUUUCAUUGAGAACUAUGGAAACAGAGUCGCGAUGGAAAUUAAACUUGGUUUUAUUAAUUAUUGACGUUUUCGGUCAAGUCGUGGGAGAUGUGGCAUCUUCGAAAGUAUGUAAUCAUGCAUAUCCGAAACAUGACGAAGUUAUGCACACGAAAAUCGAGCCUUUUCAUGUAAUGAGGAAAAGGAGCGCAGAUCAACCUUUAAGAAUUCUGUUGAGGUAUGACGACAGUGUUCACAGGCUGGACGACGAAAGGUUUUUGUUGAUAAACAAUACGAUUUUACCUGAAGCUGUGCAGUUUUGGGAGAAGGCCCUGAAUGUUCGAAGGGUUGAGAAUGUAAUCAGAUUGACUAGGAAGUGCCAAGAUACUCAGAUAUUCGUCAAAGAUGGGGUAACUUAUUGUAUAGGAAAAUGUAAAGAAAAAACUACUUGUGGGGAAGUCGAGGUUCCAGAGGAACACUUGGACGCUUGUAGGGUUUGUAAUUUGGCUGGGAAAGACUGUCAUGUUGUGCUUGGUUCCCAACAGGGUCCUGGUGUAAAAGAAGCCGAUUUUGUCUUCUAUAUCUCUGCAAUGAAAACUGAGAGAUGCACCAAGCCCCUCACUGUAGCCUACGCAGCCCACUGCCAGCAAGAAACAGCCCUGGACAGGCCCAUAGCUGGCCACGCUAACCUCUGUCCCGACAGCAUCAGCACCAAGCGCCAGGACCUGGAGAUUCUGCUGUCCACGGUGAAACACGAGAUCCUCCACGCCCUGGGCUUCUCCAUGAGCCUCUUCGCCUUCUACAGGGACGCAGAUGGGGUGCCUUACACCCCCAGGAACAACGACACUGGCAAGCCCUUCCUCAACGAGAAACUGCAGACCUACCAGUGGAGUGACAGGGUCAUCAAGAGCUUCGUCAGGAAGAACUGGCUGGUGAGGUCUGGGGUGAAGAAUAGAUCGGUGGAUAUGAUGGUUACACCGAACGUGGUCAGAGAGGUAAGGGAGUACUUCAACUGCUCCCGUUUAGAAGGCGCAGAGCUGGAGGAUCAAGGCGAGGACGGCACUGUGCUCACCCACUGGGAGAAGAGGGUGUUCGAGAACGAAGCGAUGACUGGUACCCACACCCAAAACCCCAUCAUUUCAAGGAUAACCUUGGCUCUUAUGGAAGACACUGGUUGGUACACGGCCAACUAUUCUAAAGCUGGGGAGAUGACUUGGGGAAAAGGUUUGGGGUGUGAUUUUGCAAUGAGAAGCUGCAAGGAGUGGAUAUCCAUGAAGGCUGACAGAGGAAUGUCCAUACAUCCCUUCUGCAACAAGGUGAAGCGUGAUCCUUUACAGACAGAGUGUACAGACGACCGAACGUCUGUAGCCCUCUGCAAUCUCAUCAGACACGACCAAAUUCUUCCCACCAUCUACCAGAACUUCGAUCAGAUCAAAUACGUGGAGUCUGGGGAGGAAGGCUAUUAUGGAGGUUCCGUAUCGCUGGCGGACUAUUGCCCCUACAUCCAGGAGUUCACCUGGAAGGCCAAGAACGUGGUGGUCAGGGGCUCUCACUGUCAGUACGUCGAGAACAACCCCAAGCCUGAGAAGAAUUUCGCCCUGGAAAGGUACGGAAAUCAAUCUCUGUGCUUCGAGCACUCUGGUCACAUGUGGGAGGAGAGAUCCUGCAAGCAGAUGAGGCAGUGGCAACACUGGGGAUCCGGCUGCUAUGGUUACAGAUGCGAGAACGGCAGACUGCACAUACUGGUAGGCAACUACACCUACACCUGCUACCACGCCAACCAAGAGAUACACAUCAAGAUCAUCAGCAACGAGUGGCUGCACAAAGGCGCUAUAGUUUGCCCCCCCUGUCGGGAGAUCUGCGCGGCUCAGUUUGCUGCCAGAGGGGAAUCCUGCAAGGUGGGGGACGAACCCCCUCCAGCCAACUUCUACCCAAGAGACGAGCUUGAGUGCUCGGCCACAAAAACGAGGUUUGAACUACUCGCGUUCUUUUUCUUCUUCCACGCGUUUAGAUGGGCUAGAUAGCCUGGAUAAAAUGGCCAGAUGGCGCUAGCGAUCGAAAAAUGAGUCUUGAUGAUGUUUCCGCUUGAAAUGCAGUUUCUUUGUGAGGAUUUCUCUUGAGAAUGAGGAAAAUGUAUAUAUGAGAGAGGAUAGUAUGGAGGUUACGUCUACUCAGUUUGUCGAAACUGAAAAAAAUUAAGUUAUUGCCAUAUAGUAUGUUUUCUUUAAUCUAAUCCUAUUUUUAGUUUUAUUAUUGCUAUAUAUUUUAUUUAUUAAUAUUUAUACUAACACCUUUCAGUUUACGAAGGAUUUUUUUAUACAACCCAAAUUUACAUAUAAUAUUUUUAGAAUGUCGUCGAGUAAAUUGAUUUUCACUAAUUCUGUGACAAAUCCGUUCAUUCUGCGAUACCUUGUAGAAUGAAAUCGUGCAUGAAUAUCUCAGUUCCACACAUAUUUCAUGGUUAUAUUUCAUUAUUAUAUGUUGGUACUCGGGACUCUUCUGUCACUGAUUUCUCUUUCAUCUGUCAAAAUUUGUGAUACAGAAAAUUGUUCUCCCAACCAAAAUUUUUCAAUGAAAAAAUCACUAACAAUUAUUUCCACAAAAAUUCAGUGAAUUAAAGGAAAUAAUGUAAAAUACUCGUACAGAAGAAAUUCUAACAUUCGUUCAUUCAAAAAUAAGCCACUUGUGGCUCGUUUUUGAACUUUGAACUCGUAGAAGAAUGCCUUCCGCACUUGUAUGUUGAAUAACUAUUUUAUAACACUUGUAUCAUAAUCCUUGUUGUUGAAGCGUGUAAAAUCUUGAUAUCAAAGCAGGUAGUGUUUUAAAGGUUGCUAGGUAACUUCAUUUGGAUCUGGUACACCUCGAUCCAUAAUACAUAUCAAAUUUUUCUGAAAUAAUUUGGAUUUGGAUUGACCAUUGUCGCUGUGCCCCAGUGCCAUUUCAGACAACAGAAAUUUUUUUCCAGUCACAGGACUAACCGACCUUAAUGAAUAUAUGAUGCAGGUAUAAGAAAUAAAAGUGUUCAAAAAACUUUCAACUGGUCGUUGAGAGUGCUUCAAAAAUUCUUUUAAACAAAAUUAUAUUAUAUUAUUUACGAAAAUCUCUGCUAGACGUAACCCCCUACGAAAAUUGACGAAAAGCAAUUUUUUUUGAGAUGUUGAAAAUCACAGAGCAAUUGAGGUUUCUCCCUUUUCCUUUUUUUGAUAAUUUAUUUCUUUCUCAAUACCCAGUGCCUUCACUCCUCCCAAUGUUAAAUAAUUGAUGUUCCAAUCAUCGAGAAAAUGGAAAAAAAAGAAAAACUUGUACAGCUAUGAUUUCAAGGAAUGACAAUCAAUAAAACAUUCCAAUCUAUCGAACUAUGCUUUAACUACCAUAAAUAUACAUUUCCAAAAUCUACUAAUGUUUGAACUUUACACCGGCUCUGUAAAAGUAAUAAACGACUAACAGCCAAUGAUUUAAAAA